ACCAAACGUCAAAACGUGCUAUAACCUCAAACUAAUAGUUUGUGGAACGUAAAUAACUUGUGAAAUAGUGUAAUAUGGAUGAUUUACAAUUGAAUAUAUCAGUGCCUAAAAAGGAUAAAAAGAAGCCAAGUGCGCCACAGAACAAUGUCGGAGAAUACAAAUUUGUUUCUAAUCCAAAGUUCACUGGGAAGACUAUAGCUAGGAAACGGCCUCAGAACUUAGCUCAAGCAAACCGUGCUGUACUGAAAAAUGCUGAAGGGCCUCCAAGGAAGGUCGCUAAAGUAGCACCUCCGAAAGAGGACAAAUCUGAUGAUUUGGGUGCAAAACUACGAGACCUGAGUGAGAAUAAAGGCAAAUAUGAAGGCAAGAAUUACCAGGAACUCAGUGAUAAUAUACAGUUGAAACAGAACAAGCCUCGGAGUGGUGGUUGGAUAUCUUCGUUGUUCAAAAAUAAUCCUCAAGUGCCUCGUAUUGGGCAGCGGGCUGUCAAACCCAUUGUGGAGAAGGUGUUUGCAGGCAAAACCUUUUCUGACCUAGACUUACAUCCACAUAGUGUUGCUAACUUGCAACAAACUCUAGGUUUGAAAGAACUUAUGACUGUACAACAGAAUGCAAUACCCGUUAUUUUACAAGGACGAGAUGUUCUUAUUAGGUCACAGACAGGUUCAGGGAAGACACUAGCAUAUGCACUACCAAUCAUAGAAGGACUGCAAGCAAUAAGACCGAAGAUAAAUAGGAAUGAUGGUAUCAGAGUUAUUGUGGUUGUACCUACCAGGGAACUUGCAGUACAAACUUAUGAACUCUUUAUAAAGCUAGUCAAGCCAUUCCAUUGGAUUGUGCCUGGUCUGUUGAGUGGAGGACAAAAGAGGAAGGCGGAGAAGGCGCGGCUGAGGAAAGGUAUCAAUGUGUUAGUUGGUACACCUGGACGUAUCAACGACCAUUUAAGACAUACAGCCUCUUUUAACUUCGCUAAAACUGGCUGUUUAGUGUUGGAUGAAGCAGAUCGUUUAUUAGACAUGGGUUAUGAGAAAGACGUCGCAGCUAUCGUUAAAGCUAUUGAGGAUCAUAAAAAAGCAGCCACUUAUGAUCCUUUAGCUCUAAUGAAACAAAAUAUUGUAAAGAAAAUACCAGAAAAUGACGACAGUAAUGAAGAAUCAGGACACAAUGAAAGUCAUGAAGAAAAAGAUGGUGUGAAACAUCAUUUAACUGAAGUGUUUAUGUCUAAAGAAAAACAAACUGUUUUAUUAUCUGCUACUCUUACUAAGGCCGUUGAAAAUUUAGCAGGUAUCACGCUAGUCGAUCCAGUCUUUGUAGAUACGUCAGAAGGUAAAGCUGUUAUAGCCGAUUCUUUAAAAUCAAAUCAACCUGCAACUAGUGAACAAAAAACCGAAGUAAAGAAAAAACCAGAAAUAGAUGUUGCACCUGAAAAAUUAAAACCACAAAAAUCGAAGGUAGAAAAAGUUAAAAAAGAAGAUUCUGAUGUUGAAACGGCUUUGCCAGAUGAAGAAAAGAGUACAGAAACUAAAAGAGGUCUAAAGGCAUUUACUGGUCAAAAUCACAAAGAUUUAUUUAAAAAAAGUGAUGCUGCUGCACCAAGUACUGCUCCAAAAGCUAAUGUCAUACAAAACGAGGAUGAUAGUGACAGCGAUUCUGACUAUGAAUAUUUCAAAGCACAAAGGGAACAUGAUCUUAAAAACCCCAAAGUUGUGAAAGAAAAAGAAAGUGAGGACGAUAGUGAUGAUGAUGAAGAUGAUGAGGAAGAAAAUGAAGAAGGAGCUGCUCCACAAGUAAAUACUUUCGCUGCAGCAGUCAAAUCUGCAAUAGUUGAAGAUGAAUUGGUAUUACCAGCAACAGUGAACCAAACGUUCCUUAUAGUUCCAAUGAAACUAAGACUUGUUACCUUGUGCGGUCUCAUUGUAGAACAUUGCAUAAUGAACAAGAAAGGAGGUAAAAUGAUAGUGUUCGUAGCCACACUUGAAAUGGUCGACUAUCUCUCAGACCUUAUAGAUACUGCGCUUACUGGCAAAGAAGUCAAAAAGAAGAAUCAAGAGAAAGCUAAAAAUUCUAAAGCGAAGAAAAGAAAAGCUGAUGAUGAAGAUGGUGAUGAUGACAAAGACUCAUCAUCAUCGGAAGAUGAAGAUGACUUCAAAGUGGAAUAUGAAGAACCAACGGAAGGUGGGUUGGUGCCAGUCGACUUGGAUAUGUUUAGCCUGCACGGAUCUAUGCCUCACGAGCAGAGGAUGGAGGUGUUCAAGCAGUUCCGAACUGCACGAAGCGGAGUACUUAUUUGUACGGAUGUUGCUGCCCGAGGAAUUGAUGUGCCUCGAGUGGAUCUCGUGUUGCAGUUUUGUGUUCCAGCCUCUGCCACCGAUUAUGUUCACAGAGUGGGUCGUACUGGACGUGCAGCUCAAGUCGGUGCUGCUGUGUUGUUCCUAUUACCUAGCGAAGCGAAGUUCAUCAGGCAUUUGGAGGAGAAGAGGAUAAGGUUACGUCAAGGUGACGAGUCCCGAGCUUUAGAAGCGCUGCGUACCGUAGUACCGGGAGCCACGACUGCUCAGCGCGCCGCCAUUGCAGUACAAGCACGCCUGGAACACACCGCUCAUACAAAUAGAGACUGGCUGCUCAGAGCCAGCAGAGCAUAUACAUCAUGGGUCCGUUUCUACGCGGGUUACCCACGUGAUGUGCGCGAAUACUUGGACUCGAAACAACUGCACUUGGGUCAUGCAGCCAAAGCAUUCGCUCUCCGGGACGCCCCAGGCACGCUAGCUCGAAGGGUCAAGUCCAACCCUAGCAAUAAGAAGGACCGGCCUUCCAAUAGACUCACUGUACAUGCGGACGAAGAGAAGAAACGGCCAGGAUUCCCAAAAGCUAAGUUCGGCUCCGGCAAUCGCAACAUACCGAAGCAGAGCUCAAUGCAUACAGCCAGCGAAUUCGACAGCGGUUUGCCACCCGUCGACCAAUCGCAACCCAAGCACAAGAAAAAGAAGAACAAAUGACAUUUAAAUAACAUAAGUCAUGCGAUUUAAUAUUAAAAAGGACCUUUGUAAAUAAAAACCAUUAACGACG